UCACCGUGCAAGCAGCUCUCCGCUCCGCACACGAGCAGCAGGCGCGGCGGGUUGUGAUGCGGUCCCAUUUGUAGCGGAUGGACGGAGUGAGUCGUCAGGAUUUAUUGGAGGACUCGAGAUCCGCAGGAUUUGUUGCUCGCUUAAAAACGACUCAUUCCCGCUGCUUGGUCACAGUUUGACUCGUGAGAGACUCGGAGGAAGGUCGUUUGUAGACGGAGCAGCAGCAAAAAAUUUGAGCUGAAAAAAAUCAGGUUUUUUUUUUUUUUUUUUAGGGAGGGGGGGGUGCCCCUCUUUGACAGCUGCGCCACUGCACUGCUGCCAGACCGACAAACAUCAGUGACCGGGAGGCGAGCUGUCACCAUCCAUUCAGCUGUCAGUAUCAUGGAUAUAAUAUGGAUAUAAGUGUCUCGCCGUAUAUCGACUAUCCUGGAAUUGAUGUAUUGUGAUCACGAGUUACUCCAUGACCCCAACCACAUACAAACAUGCCCAAAUGGGGGCUGACCAACCCUGCAUCCGUGCAUGCUGACUGUCUCUGCCUCCAUCUGUGUGUGUCUGAGGAUCAAUGAUGACUUGGAGGGGGCUCCACUGGUGGAUCCCCUGCUGACAUCUUCCAUCCUCAGCUAUCCGCUCUGACACUCCGUUUCCUGGCAGCUUUUGAACUUUUGUGCACCCUUUUGCUUUUGUUUUCUUCUCUGGCUGAGCUCUCACCAUGGCUAGCCUUGUGAUCAACGAGACUGGAAUGAUGGACUGUGGGAUUGACGACUCCUUCAAGUACAACUUGUACUCUGUGGUUUAUAGUGUGGUCUUUGUCUCAGGCCUGAUAACCAACUGUGCUGCCCUCUUUGUAUUCUGUUUCCGGAUGAAGAUGCGGAACGAGACCACAAUGUUUAUGACUAACUUAGCAUUAUCUGAUUUAGUGUUUGUUUUUACGCUGCCAUUCAAAGUCUUCUACAAUGUGAACCGCCACUGGCCCUUUGGAGAUGGAUUGUGUAAGAUUUCAGGAACGGCUUUCAUUACCAACAUCUAUGGCAGCAUGCUCUUCCUCACCUGUAUCAGCGUAGACCGCUUCCUGGCGAUAGUCUACCCUUUUCGUUCACGCGCCAUCCGCACACGGAGGAAUGCGGCGCUGAUGUGUGCCGCCGUGUGGCUGACCAUCGUGGGAGGUGGCAUAUCGGUGACCUUCUUCUCCACCAUUAACAGCCGACACAAAGCCACCACAUGCUUCGAGGGCUUUUCCAAGAACACCUGGAAAACCUACCUGUCUAAAAUCACCAUCUUCAUCGAGAUCGUCGGUUUCCUCCUCCCGCUCCUGGCCAAUUUAAUAUGUUCCUCGCUGGUUCUGCGGACGCUGCGUCGCCCAGCGACUGUUGGUCAUGGCUGUGACAGUAAAAGACGUGUCCUGCGGAUGAUUGUGGUCCAUCUAGGCAUCUUCAUCAUUUGCUUUGUUCCUUAUAACUCUAUCCUCUUCCUGUAUGCCCUGGUGCGAACCCAGGCCCUGGCUAACUGCACCGUGGAGCGCUUUGUCCGAACCCUUUACCCCAUCACUCUGUGCCUGGCCAGUCUCAACUGCUGCCUGGAUCCUGUGGUGUACUACUUCACCUCAGAGAGCUUCCAGAAGAGCCUGACCAUGGGAGGCAAAGGGUCCGGCUCUCGGCCUGAGAGUAUGCCCCGCAGUGACACCGAGACCCACGACACAGCAAACGCUGUCCCGAAUGACACCCACACUCUGGCUAGCAAUGGAAAAGAGACAAAGAUCACUGAAAGCCAGUUGUGACUCAAGAGAAUGUGAAGAAGGACAGAAAGAAUUUGAGGAUAACCCUUGAAUUUGACAAAUAUAACAAUCAUUUUUUUGGUCCUGGAAGUGGCAAACACAUAACUCACCAGAUUAGUUAAGUCCUGAGGUAAGUCCUGAGGUAUGGCCUGGGCUUUAUGGAUUAACCCGGCACUGGAGAACAGAGGAAUGUAUCUGUGGUUUUUAUGAGCGAUCACUACAGGGACCAGAGACCCAGCUACACUGGGACUAUUGCAAUAGUCCAGAGACACAUAGUGGGUCUAAAAGAGACUCCAAUGCAUAAUCACUCAGAAUUAAGACACGCACACAAACAUACACACACUUGCACUGGAUUUUGGAUAAGAAGAUGUCCAUCUACAUGCUGUUUAGUACUUGUGUAACACAACAAUUCCUUAAGUAUUAUUGUUAAAAAGCUUAAGCCUUCACAGUGCAUUAUAUCAUUGUGGUGUGUUACUAGUAUUAACACUGUAUAACGCAGCAUUGUGUUGACCUGCUGAGUCAGAUGUAUUUCAUAUUGAAGACUGAGGCCAGUAAAAUGUCUGUUUUUGAAUUGCAUUUGUUAUUUCUUUGCUCCGGCCUUGUGCCUGUCCUCCCGGUCAAACCUGCUCUGAGCUGCCCUUUGUCAGCGUGCCUGUACGUUUGAACUUGUGGAGGAGUUUUUCUACUCUAGCUUCUUGGUUUUCAUCAAGCAGCCAGUGUAAGCUUGCUCUCAGUGCAGAGGGCAACUCUGAUUUAGUUGAGGACCUUGGCCUGUGUGCUGUGUCACAGGCCAAAUGCUUAUUAUGACUGGAGCAAUGGUCCAUUGUUUGCUUCUGAAUGAGGUCUCUCUGUCUUAAUCUGGCCUUAGACUGCAGAUCUGCUCAAAGUCUCUUACACACAGCAAUGCGCAAACACUCCAAAGUACAGAUGAACGCCUUUAGCUGUUUACCCAAAAUCAUGGACUUAAACUUCAUGGAGCACUAAACACUCAUGUGUCAGCAGGUUUGGGAGUUUGAGUAUUCCUGAAUUUGCAUGUGUGAAACUGAUGGCCGUUUGGUGGACCAUGCUAUAAGAAAUGUGCAGAACUUGCAAUCAGUGUCGCACCUUUCAUCGUAAAGUCCCGAGAGGUAGUACGACCUGGUCACAGCAGCAUCUACA